CACAUUUCAUGCUCACAGAGUUCAACAUGUUCUCGAAGAGUAGACAGCUCAAGAUGACAACACAAUGACAUUGUCCACUGUACAGUGGGUGCUUCUCUUGGCAUCUGCUGGGCAAAUCAAAAGCCAUACGCUGCAUUUCACCAUCCAAGAGGAGCAAAGUGCAGGCGCUAAAAUUGGAACUCUAAGAACGCACUACUCGCCUCCAUACCAGCUCCUUGGUGAGAAGUACAUCAGGGUGGAUAAAAACACAGGAGAUUUGUAUACAACAGAACGCAUUGACAGAGAAACCUUGUGUUCAUCACAGCUGGAUGGAGAAUGUACUGUUUCAGAUAAUGCACUUGUGAGUCCUAAUUCUGAACUGGUGCAGAUAAUUGUCACUGUGGAAGAUAUUAAUGACAAUUCUCCUUAUUUUGAAAGGAGUGAGAUUUCUUUAAGCAUACCUGAAGAUGCACAGAUUGGUACGGGUUUUCCACUGGACGACCAAGCUAUAGAUGAGGACAUUGGCAGCAAUGCUGUGAUACAUUACCAUUUAGAAGGUUCCAAUGGCUUUUUCGGCAUUAGACAAGACUGGGAUGCACUUGAGUUGGUUGUACAAAAGCAGCUAGAUCGGGAAACGGUUGAAAACUACUUUUUGGUUCUUGUUGCAGUAGAUGGAGGUUCAUUACCACAUAGCGCUACGGCUAAUCUCAAUGUAACUGUAACUGAUGUUAACGACAACUGCCCAGAGUUUGACACCGAUAGUCCUCACAUUGCUACUGUACAAGGAUUAGGAACCAAAGGCGCUGCAGUGGCACAACUUAAAGCCACAGACAAAGACCUGGGCCAAAAUGCCCAUAUCACAUUCUCCUUCAGUCCUCAGAUCUCUGACAGAGCCAAAACGCUCUUUCACAUAAAUGGACACACAGGUCUGAUCAGCUUAGCUGUGGAUGUGAAGGUUGACAGUCUUGAGGAGCACACGUUGAAAGUCGUCACAAAUAGCCCACUUUGCCCCCCUGUGCAAAUUCAGGUAACUGUAUACAUCCAACCGGCGGUUAGCCUAGAGCCAGCCAUAAAGAUCAAGUUUGUCGCCGAGCAUAAAAACCAAGUGAUUGUGUUACGUGAAAAUGAGACCCCCACCAUAUUGGCCCUCUUGGAGAUGAAAGACACUUCUGGGGUUAAAGGCAUUCUGUCCUUAGAAGCAAACGGCAUGCCAUUUUCUUUGAAACCGCAAGCCAGCGGCUAUUUGCUUUCAACAUUAAAACCGCUAGAUUUUGAGAUGUGCAGUGAAUAUGAUGUUACAGUAGUUAUUUCUGAUGUUCAAGGUGAACGCCUGCAUGGAAAAGAGGUGAUCAAAGUCAUGGUUGAGGAUGUGAAUGAUAACGCCCCAAAGUUCCAACAAGCACGCUAUGAAAUUAAAAUCAAGGAGAACAAUAAGCCAGGAGUAUUUCUGCUAAAAGUCACAGCUAGUGAUGCAGACAGCCGUCAGUUUGGCAAAGUGACGUAUUGGCUUGUAAACAGGGGGCCAUUUAGAAUUAACGAAGACUCUGGAGUGAUAUCAAUAUCGGAGUCUUUGGACAGAGAACAGCAGGGGACAUAUAACCUGACGGUGCUGGCCAAAGACGGUGGCAUUCCACCUCAGGAGGCCUUUGCGAUAGUGUCCGUAGGCGUAUUGGAUGAGAACGACAAUCCGCCCACUUUUCCAACCCCACAUUUUUACUUUUUUGUGUCCGAGAGCAUUCCACAUCUCUCGCAAGUUGGCAAAGUCCCCGUAAGUGAUGCUGACGAAGGAGAAAAUGGAAGGGUCAUGGACAUGCGCAUCUUAAACAGCACCAUCCCCUUCGCCAUUGACCUUGCGCAAGGAUCGCUUCGUAAUACGGGGGAAGUCGACCGUGAGAAGCAAGACCGCUACGAGCUUUUAGUUCUUGCUGUAGAUGGCGGUAGUCCUCCGCUUUCCACCACGGUGCAAAUUACGGUUUUUGUGGAGGAUGUAAACGACAAUCAACCGCAGGUCAUCCUUCCUAGCAGCAACCUCUCUUGUUUGACCAUAUCUCCAACUACAAGAAAAGGAAGCAUGGUAACAAAGAUAUUCGCCAUUGAUGAGGACUCAGGUAUGAAUUCGUAUAUCACUUACGAGAUCAUUGCAAGAGAACCAGCUCUCCAAAGCCCCUUCAAUAUUGACCAGCGCACAGGAAACAUCACACUGGCCCAUGAUCUGCGCAACGAGCAUCACGUCAUGCACCAUCUCUUCAUAGUCGUUCGCGACGAAGGGAAGCCGACCUCAUUGCAGACAACCGUGUGGGUCAACGUUUUAGUCAAUGAGACUUUGGAAAAAUGCCACGUGAAUGAGGUUCCACAAUACACAUCACCAACGAUACCCCCUCCGACCCCACUUUCUUCCAAAGACUGCAUAUGUGAAUCCAAAAUGUCGCUUCUAUUUCUCUGCGGCCUGGGCCUGAUGGUUCUCUCAGUCUUUGUUCUUCUGGCAGUUGUUGCGCUGUUUAUGCAGCACAGAAACACGAAAAGGAAAGUGGACAAAAAGAGGAAAUGGGACACUAAAAACUUGCAUGAACUGAAACGUUUAAAUUAAAAGAACGUUCUUGCAGUUAUACCAGGGGGAAAAUGUUCAAAUGUUUUUUAAAGGUUGUAUAAAUGUUAAAAAAGAGUACAAAAGUUUUGUAUAAAAAAUUUUUGCUAAUGAAAGACCUGGCUGAUGAUGUUUGCUUGCUGAAUUUUAAAAACAAAACAAAAAAUCUUUAAAACAUUUAAAAGAGGAGUUAAAGAGGAGGAUCAGUGCAUUUCAAGUGGACUAAUGGACUAUGUUCUGUACAUCUUUACGUGUCAACAGGGGUGUAACAUUAUAUGAAAAGGAAAUAUUUGCAUGGGCAGUCAUGUGGAAAGAAAAAUGCACCUUUUUUAAUUUUUCCCAUGAUUCUCAUCCUCUUGUGAGAAAUACUGCAGACUUUAGUGGCAUUUACUCAUUAAUGUAUGUUAGUCAUGCUCUAUAUAAUCAAUAUGCCGGCUGCAUUCAGCACAAAUAUAUAGAUCAGUGUGUCAAAA